GCUACGGUUUGAAGAGCUCGCUAAAUCGAUUCUAACCACUGAAGUCGAGGUUAUCUAAUGAACUCAGAGCAUGUGCAUUGCUUUUUUGGCUGCGAUAGUUAGUUUUAAAAUGGCUUAUUUUGCUUCAUGUUGCGUUCUUUUUUAUAGGAAACAAAGUGAUAAUCAUAAUAUAGAAGAAGCCAAGAAAUUGACCCAUUAACUUUAUGCUUCAAUUUCUGGGCAUCCCUUAACCGAGUCGUUACUGUACUUUGUAUCAAUUGGUUAGUGCUGUGCUGGCGCACUUCAUCUUGAAGGAGAAACUACACAAGUUAGGGAUGUUGGGCUGUGUGAUGUGCAUUGUCGGUUUUGUCAUAAUUUUCAUCCACGCACCGCAAGAAAGUCUCAUUACUUCUGUUCAAGAAAUAUGGAUUAUGGCGACUCAACCAGCUUUUCUGCUUUACAUCGACUUGGUAAUCAUGUUGGUGUUCAUCCUGGUUUCCAUUUUUCACCUAGAUGUGGGCACACGGAUGUGCUAGUUUACACUGGCAUCUGCUCAUUAAUGGGCUCUCUCUCGGUGAUGAGUGUGAAAGCCCGUGGGACUUCUUUGAAGUUGACUUUUGAGGGGAAGAAUCAGUUGAUCUAUUCCGGAGACUUGGUUCUUUAUGUUGGUGGUGGCUACAUGUGUAGUUACCCAAAUGAAUUAUCUCAACAAGGUCUGUCCCAAGAUGUUAUCCAACUUUAAUUAGCUAACUUGCUUAAUGCUGAAUUUGUAAAUUUCAUUUGUCAUUGCCUCACAACAAUCGAUAAUAUUGAAUGACACCAAAUUUCAUCUUUUACAAUAACUUUUACUUUUCCCAUAUGUUGAGAUUACAUAAUAUUGGGAGAAAAGGAAGUCAUUGAAUAUAUGCAUCUU